AUGCCAGCCGCCCGUUGGAAUCCCAAUACUCUUCUCCAAAUCGACGAGGGCUCAGGAUUGGGCAUGUUCUGUGUUGGUUUGGAGCGCUCCAACUACGACAGUCGAUGUCGGAUGGUUCUCUGGGAGGAUAGGUAUAAUGCCAUUUGCUGUUUGUUAGAUGAUAUAUCGAUGAAACUGCCACAGCAAGUGACCAAGGUUGAACUCAGGCGGCUUGCUCGAUUGGGAUUGUGCCAGGUCCAUGGUUAUCAGAGGAAAGAGGUUGUGGCUAAAUGGGAGGACAUCCUUGGAUGUAUCGAGGGCAUCAGCGGGACUUACGAACAUCAACGAGAAGAGAUCACUCAAGACUUGAAGAAACUGCAGAAAGAGGUCGAUGAGUGUAGAAGCUUGCUUUUAGUCAAGGAGGAUUGUAAGGAUGAUCUUUCUGUGGUGCUUCGUCGGCAUCUUAAGAGGAAUGCACGAUUGAAGAAGGAACUAGUGGAGAGUCAAGCGACUUGUGCUCGGCUGCAAAAAGAUUUCGCGAGGCUCAAGGGCCAAAAAGAGGAAACCUUUCGACUCUCUGCCGAGAACUCUCACCUAUCAGAUUUACUCAAGAGCGCUGAGGGAGAACAAGAACGCUACAAGAGCCAGGAAACCAACCUAACUGCAGAAUGCGAGAAACUGCGCAAGCAGAAUGCAGCAUUGCAAGCAGAUAUCAACUCUGCGAAGGACCACUAUAAAGAUCUACAAGAUCGGGAACAGUCAGCAACUAUGGAGCUGAUGGCAAUGACUUCUCAACUUCAUGAAGCUCAGUCUCUCAACCUGGGCUUGGAAAACGAUAAGAAGACCUUGCAGUCAGAGAUCGACAUCCUAAAACGAGAGGUGGAGGAAUUGAAUGAUAAGAAUACCUCCGUCUCCUCCCAGCUUGCAAGUGCUGCAGCUUCUCUGAAGACAGUGACAGAGAAGCUGUGUGCCGCUCAUAAAGAGAACAUGGGGUUUCGUGAUGAGCUCAUAACUGCAACUAGAGAGAUGAUGGAGCUACGCAAUAAGGUCAGGCAGCUAUCGACUCCAGUCUGGUACAGAGUGAUACGAUGGAUUAAGAAAAAGCUUUCGGGUCUCGGGCAUUUGCGGAGCCCUGGCAAGGAAGUGUCAGAUGCAGAGGAGGGAGUGGCGCUGGCCCCAACCGCCUCAGGCAGAGAUGCAGGACUGGCUUGA